CCAAACGGCUAGCGCUGCGUGAGGUAUGCAUACCAGGGUCAUAUGCAAUAUGCGCAAAGCUUUCCGCAAGACUUACAUAUGGAAUUAGAUCUGUCAAUCACCCGCCACCGAUUCGUGAGAAGUUGCCUGUAGACUUUGCCCACCAUGUUAUCGAACCCGCACCGAAAUCUUCAGGAACGACAGCGACAACAUCGGCGGCAGAUUUCAACACCAUCCGCCCUUGAUGCCGCCAAAGUUCCCAGUCUUCCUGCGCAGGCAAUGCACCGAUAUCGUGCUCAUCGUCGUGGCCAAAGUUUGGACCAGAGAUCUCUGCAUAUUCAACAAUCGCAACCCGUACAAGAUGGUAACAUUACGCAUACUAACUUAGCAGUACCACAACAGUCGCAAUUGCUAGGCGGAGUGCAAGAGCAACAAUAUACUCGCUCGGCGCAACCGACAUCCUUGCCCAUGAUGCCGGAGUGUCAGGCUUUCAGCCAUGAGAAUUUGCAACCCCAGCCAGGAAUGGGAUACAUGAACCCAGCCUUCGCCAAGAUCGAAACGUCGGGGCUGGAAAGCCGGCCGAUGAAUCUCCAUCUCAAUCUCAUCCAACAACAACAGUUGCAACAAGCACAGCUCCUAGAUAAUGGCGCUUGGGAUUUCUAUACACAUGAAAACCUCACAACGGCAUUUUCGCCCCAAGCCAACGUAAUGCCUGCAGAUAUGAGACGACUAUCAGUACAAUCGGAUGCCAGUCCCGCGCGUGGACCGCAUACGCCGAAACCUACGCACUACCUUCCCAUCACCCCUGCGACAACACCAUUCAAGAAAACAGUGGAUCUUGCGCAGUAUGGUGGCGACAUGCAGACUACUCCCACCAAGGAGCAAAGAUUGUCUGUUCCCAGUUCGGCCCAGCCGUCGUACAUGCAACGUGCCAAGUCUCUUCAAGGAGUGGCUGGGACGACAUUCUCCCAGCAAAAGAUGGAUAUGCCCUCUCCCCCAAAUACAGCAUCAUAUGAAGUGGACAAUUUUGAUGUGUUUAACUGUCAGCAGGGUUCCAGUUUCGAAGUUCCAAAGUCUGAAAGAUUUUCAUCUAACCAUUCUUCAUCAUCAGCAACGUCAUCUUUCAACUCCUCGCCAGAAAUCGCCUCCAUGCCACACCUUCAAGACGGUGAUAAGGCGCAGAAAGUUCCAAUCUAUCCUGCAACGCCUAGCCGUAUGACCCCAAAGAAAACGCCAAGUGCACCACCUAGCGUCAUAGCCAAGCCAAAGCUUUCUCCACGGGUAGCAUCCAUCGACAGCCUCAACCUGGACGCGAGAGUCCAUGCUUCCAUCAAACAAACGGGCGUCACUAUUGACGAGAUAGCGUCAUACAUCGAUGGCCCUGACCCAGAGGAUGGAAAGUGGGUAUGCCUACAUCCAGGUUGCGAACGCCGCUUUGGAAGGAAAGAGAACAUCAAAUCUCAUGUACAAACCCACCUUGGAGACCGUCAGUACAAGUGUGAUCAUUGCGAGAAAUGCUUUGUCCGUGGACAUGAUCUCAAGCGCCACGCCAAAAUUCACACCGGAGAUAAACCGUACGAAUGCCUCUGUGGGAAUGUAUUUGCCCGACAUGACGCCUUAACUCGGCAUCGGCAACGAGGCAUGUGCAUUGGCGGCUACAAGGGAAUUGUGCGCAAGACCACGAAGCGUGGUCGCCCGAGAAAGCACCGGCCCGAGAUGGAUGAUAGACAGGACAAGGCCUCGAGAACACGCCAGAGGAUUGCCGAAAAGACAUCGUUUGACUCCUCUGGAUCGGACACUUCGCGCAAUUCACCACCCUCAGAUGUCUUCGAAAGCAUGAGCCUUCACGGUUCUAGCCCGGUGGGGGACAUGCCCAUGUUCGGUAAUGUGAAUUAUUCAUUGCCUCCUGAAGUUUUGACUUUCACACCUCCCGCCUCGCCUGGGGGCAGCAUAAGAAACAAGUCAACGCCUGCCCACAGUGAACGGUCAAUUACACCCAGCACAGAGGACGAAAUGCCACCUUUGUCUCCAUCGAAGCGGCCCUUGGAAAAGAUUAUCGAGGAGUCGGGGCUACCUCUCAUUUCAGACACUGAACCCUAUCCAUACACAAAUGCUACAAGCUCAGCUAACCAUCACGCUUUGUCUUCUCCUCACACGGUACCCACUCUGACCGAUUCAUCAAACGGCUCAGAUCUGGACAUUUUCAUUAAUCAAGAUCCGUCUGUCAGCUUCAGCAAGCACGAGUUCCCAGGUCUGACUGACCCUGACAUGGCUGCAUUCCCUGACUACGUGAACGCUCCUGCUUUCGACAAUGGCAUGGACUUGUUCCCAGGCAAAGGCUUCUCUACCGGCCCAUCAAUGGGUGACGAUUUUUUUUCUUUCCAAUUCCAGAUGGACGAGCAGCCAUCGGACGCUAUGACAAGAGAAUUCUUCUUGGAGUGAGACACUCGGGUAUAACAACUCAUAGACAUGAAAACGACGCGACGACCCUCGAAUAAUGGUGAAAAUGAACAAAACUUCAUGACUAAGGACUUAGACGACCGGAAACCAUGCACAUGACACAUGAAUUCUCAAGAAUAAGACGACAAGAAAUUAUGUACAAUUUUACGACUCAAUAUCUUUCAACGACCAACUAGCUUCCACUAUCAAUGACACCUGUGACAAAAUCUUUCGGGCAUUUUUAUCUUCUUUCUUUGCGAACUUCUCAGCGACACAUGUACGACAACUUCUGGGACUUGCGGGAAGGACUUUUUGACAAAUUUACACGGAGUUCUGCAGGCCAAUCUUUCAUUUGUUUUACGCUUUUAUGCUUUAUAUUCGCUCCUUUCUAUUCACGAGUUUAUAUGACGUUCAUGUGAUUUGCUUUGAAAGACUGUAUUAAAUGGAUAUGAACUGCGUUUUCUUUUGGCAUGGGACGUCUAUUGGAUACAUUCAUGCCCACCUGUACUCUAACCCUGCAAUAGAUCCACUGGGAUAAUUAACUACAAAAAAA